CUGUGCUUCACCUUUGCAUCCGCACUCAGCCAAAACCAUACUUUAGUGUCUCUUGCAAUGCCUCUACCACAUGACCUAUGCGCUCGCGUGCAAAACGCCUUUCGAGCACGACACCACAAAAUAGCGGUGGACCACACAACGCAAAACCUCGGUAUUUUAAGCAUCCUCCUACGGACCGGCUUCAUCUCCAACGUCACGCGCGGGACCAUCGAAUCACCCUCUCCUACUGACUUCCUCCGUGUUGGCGAAGCCCAGCGCCGUAUAUGGGCUGAGCUUAAAUACCGUGACGACCGGCCUAUCCUUUCGGAUAUGGAGCUCAUUAGUAGACCCAGUAGACGCAUUUUCAUGGACAUCGGGGAGUUGCGACGGAUUUGCUCUGGACGCCGGGCACAGACGAUUAAACCACUGGGCAUGGGUGAAAUUGCGGUGGUGCGGACAAAAAGCAAGGAACAUGAAUGGUUGGAGGCACGAGAGGCUUUGCAGUUAAAUCUGGAUGGGGAAGUGAUUUGUCGAGCUCGUUGAUCCUAUCGAGGGCCUUUCGUUGGUGCGCAACAGGAGUCAUGGUUUGUUCCGUCGUAGAAGCUAAAUUUACCCUAGUUCUGUCCUACAUGUCAUAUAGAUUCGUCCAUCACUUGACAAACAUCUGAGGCGU